GUCACAGACCCGGCGCACUCGGCAACAGCAGUUAAGUCUUGCUGAGCCAUGCAAUAUAUGGGUAGACUGGUUAGACUUUUUCUUGCACCGCUACCAGCAAGAACUUGAUGUGCCCACGGACUUUGGAUUUGGGACACUAUAAGUCGAUUUCAAUCACCACAGCGGUGAGCGUUGCAAACGAUGAGCAGCACAGAUGUAGUUUCAAGCUCCAAUAAAGCUGCCAUUGCACGUCAAGAUGGGCCACUAAUUCGUGACGACAGAUCUCCUCUGAACUUGUCAACCAACUUUGUGCGACUGGACCUUGACCUGGCCCUCCAUCGAUUCUUUACUUUUCCAGCGGAUUUCACCAAGAGGACCGGCCUCAACAGGGAAUUUCUGUCGGAUACUGGUUUUUAUCUCUCUGCAGACGGCCAAACAAUAUUCUGCCAGUUCUGCAACUACAAGAUCACCAGCUAUGAAGAUUGGAAAAAUCUAAACAGUGCUGAAGAUUACGACAACAAACAUAGGGAGUCAAGCCCAACAUGUGACUUGUUCAACAAAGAAACCCAAAACCUACCCUUAGAGCAAAAUGACUGCAUUAACUUCAGAUUCGAGUCCAUCAGACUCUUCUCCCUGCUCAAAGCCAACUGGACUUCGACCAUGUCCGUCUACGACUUAGCUCGUUCCGCCUUUUACUUUGCUGGAGAAGAAGACAAAUGUCGUUGUAUUUUCUGCAAACUUGAAGUCCGAGGCUGGGAGCCUGGAGACAGUGCUAAUCAGGAACAUAAGAGGUGGAAUACGAAGUGCCCGUUCAUCUGCGGCACACAAUUGGGCAAUGUUAACAUAGGAGACGAACUUGCUCCUUCUUCAUCAGGAAACGCGCUAGGAGUGCAGCAAAUCAACCCCUUUCUCAAAUCAUUUGAUUACAGCAAAUAUCCCAAACUGAACGUUUUCUCUCGGAGAUACUCCCUUGAGGCCCUUGGCGUACGAGACCUGAUUCCUCCCAAGAAUCCCAGCUAUGCUAGCAUCCAUAGCAGAAUCAAAUCCUUCAAAAACUGGCCUAAGUCUAUGACCCAGAGACCAGAAGAUUUGGCUGCUGCUGGACUUUACUACACAGGAAUCGGAGAUCGUGUUUGCUGCUUCCAGUGUGGACUGGGGUUGAAGGACUGGGAUUCGAGUGAUGAUCCUUUUGUGGAGCACAUCACAUGGAGCUCUACCUGCCAGUACUUGAUGAUGAAGAAAGGCAUCAAGUUUAUCCAAAAAGUCAUGGAGAAAGCAAGCCUUGUGCCAGAGCUCUUGUGUGAAGGAGCUGAAAAUGUUGAGAACACCAAGCGUGGAUAUUUGUGCAAGAAAUGCAAAAAAGCAGACGCCAACAUUGUCUAUCUCAGCUGUGGUCACAUGGUCAACUGCACUGGUUGUGCUGACGAGAACAGGAAUUGCAGCACCUGCAACAAUAAAAUAUUAGCCAAGUUGCAAGUAUUUUUAAAUUGAUCCGUUUGCCAUCUUUCAUGUUCCAAUCAAUCCAUACUCUUUUCAUAUUAUAUAAACUGCUACACACACAAUGCUUAUUAUUCUACAGCUGCAAAUCCUUACCCAUCAUGCUUCCUGCUUUAUUUAAAUAUAAUUUAACUAUAUAAAAUACAGCCAGGGUUUAGAAACAGCAAACUUUAUUACAUUAGAAAUCAAAUAAUAUGACAACUUAACUAUAAAAUAGACUCUUGCACUUAACACAACAUCCAAAGCAUAUUUACUAUAUAGUCUUGUCUCAAAGUCAGUUAAAUGAAAAAAAUUUCAAUUGGUCAACCGGCUCAACCGCUUGGCGUUUUGUGAGAACGUUUUGAUAAUCGUGAUGACUCGCGCUCCUCUUUACUUCCGCUAUUGCGACAAGAAGCUGAACUUUUGACCUUAUUAUUCUCCACGGCAACAGUCUGAUCUGGCUCAAUUUUUUCUUUCAAAUCUGCAAAAUUCAAUUUAGUUAUUUUCUCAGAAGCAUUAUUAUUUUUCAACAAACCUUUUUCUGUCAGUAUUUUCUUAAUUUCUUGGAAUGGCAAAUCCACUAGGAGAGUCAAAACGACAGAAGCAACAAGUACUGUCAAAACUUCUGAUAUUACAAACUGCAAAAUUGAUACGUAUAAAUUAAAAAAAUUCGUUUCUGGCUUUAUUUGGCACGGACCAAAUCAGACAUAUUAGAAUGCCCCGCAAACUUUGUAGUGCCGACGUUGUAGAAGUAGAUAGGGAACUGGGUCAGGUAAACAGCAUACGAUAUCUUGGUGAAUAUGAGAAAUCCUCUCCAUCUCAUGAAAGCUCCUACCCAACCUGAAAAUAUGAUUAUUUAAUUUUGUUGAUUAUAAUUUUAAAUCCGACAAACCUCCUCUUUUGUGGCACACAAAAAUUAGACAUAUGAUGAAUAAUGACCAUAGAAUUGGAGCCCAGGCAGCGUAAUUUGCUGCCUCCCAGACAUUGUAUCUGUAGUCAAGCCUCGACAUGUGGUACGGACUAAACCAGGGGUAAAUGCAGAUCAGUCCAAUGAAAGCCCAAGUGAGCAACUCUGUGGUCUUAGGAAAAGAACAAUAAUUAAAUUCAGUAUUUUAUUUUUCUUUAUUAAAAAAAUUACUUACUAAUGUGAAUUUGAUUCCCUUUGGAUUUCUUCGCAAGUAAAAUCCAGUUAAAAUUCCCAUAAUGUAGACAGUCAAGCGAUGUGACGGUAGAAUGUAGGAUUUGUUGCAGGUGUCGAACAUUUUCUUGACUCUUUAUGAAAGAAAUUAUUUAAACCGUAGGCUUCUUGAAGCAAUUAAAUUUUUAAAUUUUCUCUUACAUAGAAAUUUUUAUAAUUUACCAACAAUAAGUGAACAUAAAAAUUAAUAGCGAACGAAUACACUUACGUGUUUCCAAAGUAGAUAAUACUUGAGAGCUCGUUGUUCAAUGUAACAGAAAACCGCAACCAGGUAGAGAAGGAAGCUAUAAGAAUUAAAACAGUCGAGCCUCCUCGGGGCCACUUCCAAAGAAGGUAAAUCAGGACAGGGCUCACCGCAAAUAACUGCAUGUCAAUGCCCAACUGAUGUGUGUGCGUCAAACACUGCAAGACAAAAUUUUAAAUAAAAUAAUGAUUAGUAAAUUAACUUUUUUUUUUAAAAUACCAUAUUUUCAAAUCCAAAAUAGUUGUGAAUGAAGAGGAAAUUUUUCCACAUGUGACUUUUGCAAAUGUCUGAAUAGUGUUUGACGACCAAAUUCCACUGCGGUCCUGAGCCCAUCAGUUGCAAAAUGUAUGUGCAGAACAGGAUUAUGGCCACGAAAUUUGGAGAAAUUCUUUUGAAAUAAUUUAUUUAAUUAAAGUUUCAUUUAAGUAACUUAUUAUUUUUUAACCUUAGGAAGCGCGAUUUCAGCUUUGACUUAAAACUCAAAUUUCCUUUCUUGUCUAACUCCUUAACAAACGAGUAAGCGACGAGCAUGCCGCUAAUUACAAUGAAAGAAUCGGUGUACAAAAUUGCUGUUCUCCCCAUCACAGUCCAUGGUUUGGUAAAACGCUAUAAUUUUUUAUAAUUAUUUAUUUUGAAUAAGAAAACCAAAAAUUAAAUUUUUACCAUGGUCAUGACAGUUCUAUUGAUGUAAGGGUAGAAAAACAGAGCCAUUGAUUUGUGGCACAGCAGCAGUCCCAGAGCGUUGAUAAAUCGCAAACCAUGGACGGGACUGAUGUCAUCCGAGGCACUUUUAGUGUUAAUUAGCUCUGCCCACGUCCUGCGAAGCGAGAAUGCAAGCAGCAUUCUCUUCCAUUUGCCUGUUUUUUUUUUUCAUUGAAAAA